UUAUAUGGAUAUAAAGUAUCAAAAGCACGAAAAACAUAAGUAAGGAUGUCUGAUAGUGAGAAUAAUACAUCUACCGAAUCAUCGUAUUCACCGCAACAGCGAAAAGCCUUUUACCGGAAGUUUUUGGGAAAAACUCGGAUUCUUCAGGAGAAUGUCUCUAACCGGACCAUCGAAUCUCUGCGUAACAUUAUGGUUAACACAGACACAAUAACCGCCGAUGAAAAUGAUGCAGAAAAAGUUAAUCAUACCGAAGAAAUUCUACUGGAUUCUGAAGUGAUGAGCGUGUCGUCCGACGUCCUAAACCGUUGUUCUGAAGCUCUGAAUAAAGAUAUGAGCCCUUACGAUCAUACCGAAUUUGCGGAGAAAAUACUCUCCCACUUAGAACUACGUUCAGAUACAAUGAUGGAUAAACCACACUGGCCAAGUUUAUCUGACGAUUUGUUGCUGUGCUUGAACCUCAAUCCGCGUUAUUCCUUUCUCUUAGGUGCGCUUGAGCCACUGGAAAAAAAACAAGUUGUAAGAAAAAAACCUGGGCCAAGAGAAGCACAAGCUGCUACCAAAAGGCCUGAGAAAGUCCAUGCUGUCGAUAAAGUUGAAGAUGAUGUGGAACAAACUGUACAGAAAAUCAAGGCUCUCGUUUCGAAAUAUUACAGGCACAAUGAUGUGCCACUUGAUUUCUUCAAACUAACUCUGAAUCCUGACGACUUUGGACGAACUGUUGAAAAUAUAUUACACGUUGCCUUUUUGGUCAGGGAUGGAUAUUUCACAUUAGUCAAAGAUAACGAGGGAAGGUUAAUUAUCCAGUCGACUCCCAAAGAUGCUCUGGCCAAGAUCAAGAAAGGUAACAACGAAACUAACGUACAAAAUGUUAUGGCAAUUAGUGUGCAACAAUGGAAGAUCUUGAAGGGCAUCUAUCAGAUACAAAAGCCCAUGAUUGAUUUCAAUGAUCCUGCUCGUUCUUAGAUGCCUGUUUUUUAUACGAUCAUUUUACUGUCACAAACAUGUGCCUUAUUUCGUUAUAGACUGUUCUUUCAUUUUAUCAUAUUUCAAUGUGUGUAUAAGUAAAUGAUACAGUAUUCAUCCUUUAAUGUUAUGUUUAAUAUGAAAAAGGCGCUAUCAGAAUUGUAAGAAAAAAUGCAAAAUAAAUAGUUGGUGUAAUUUUCCAA